AUGAAUGGUGCAGGUGUUUUCAUUGUAAGUGCACUACGUAGUCCUAUUGGUCGGAUGUCUGGUUGUUUAUCAGGUUUAUCAGCUCAUCAAUUAGGCGGUCAGGUGAUCUCCUCUGUAUUAGACAAUGUUGUGGAAAAUUCAAUGAAUCCAAAAGAAUUAAAAAAUCACAUUUUGGAACAUUUGGAAGAAGUGAUUCUUGGUCAAGUAUUGACAACAUCGACUGGACAGAAUCCUGCUAGACAAGCUGCUAUAUUGGCAGGAAUUCCUUAUUGUGUACCUGCCUGGAGUGUGAACAUGGUGUGUGGAUCCGGUUUGAAAUCUAUAUGUUUAGGUUUUGAUCGGUUAAGUCUUCCUUCCUCGGUGGAUGGGGGCUGGAUAAUAGCUGGUGGACAAGAAUCAAUGAGUCAGGCACCACAUGCAACUCCUCCUAGAGCAUGCUUACGUCGUGCAGGGGGUCAAAAUACUUCAGAACUUCCGAAUUUUGGCAGUUUCACCUUAUUGGAUACAAUUAUGAAUGAUGCCUUGAUGGAUGCAUUCUGUAAUCUCCCUAUGGGUGGGACUGCUGAAAAUGUCGCAAAAAGAUAUGGAAUUAGUCGCGAAGAGCAAGAUUUGUUUGCUUUAAGAUCACAAGAAAAAUAUGCAGCUGCUCUGAAAGCUGGUCAUUUUGUCAAUGAAAUAACACCAAUUAAAGUUCCAUCUAUUGGUAAAGAAGAACCAAGAAUUAUUACAACAGAUGAGCAUCCACGUCCAGAUACUACUCUAGCUAAAUUGUCAAAAUUACGACCAGCAUUUCAUGAAGAUGCAAAUCAUGGUACAGUUACAGCGGGUAAUGCAAGUGGCGUAAAUGAUGGUGCAGCGAUCGUAUUACUUUGUCGUGGUGAUCAACUAUCAAAACUCGGUGAUCGUCGUCCUCUGGCUCGCAUUGUAGGUUGGCAUCAAGCUGGUCUCGAACCGGAACUGAUGGGUCUCGGUCCUAUAUACGCUAUUCGAGGACUAUUAUCUAAAAUUGGUUGGAAGAUAGAAUCUGUCGACUUAUUUGAAAUCAAUGAAGCUUUUGCGUCUCAAUGUAUAGCUAUAGCUACUGAAUUGUGUAUAUUACCAGAGAAAUUGAAUAUAUCUGGUGGUGCAAUUGCAUUAGGUCAUCCAGUUGGAUGUAGUGGUGCUCGUAUACUGGUUACAUUAGUGCAUACAUUACAACGACUGUGUAAAGAUCAUAUGGAUGGUGGUGAUCAUUCAUCUGUUGUUCGACGAGGUGUAGCUGCUUUGUGCAUAGGCGGUGGUAUGGGUAUUGCCAUCGCUGUGGAAACAUGUGUUUAA